UGCGCGCGGCGCGGGGGGGCUCUAUGGUUGAUCGGAGAGGCCUUGGUAACGGGCCUGUGAUCAUGUGACCCCCCCCCCCCGUCCUGUCCAAGAUGGCGUCCUCCAUGGUGGCGGGCGAGCGGCUGGUGCGGGCGGCGGCCUCCGCCAGCGGGGAGCUCGGGCGGCUUCCCCGCGAGCUGCGUGCGGAGCUGGAGGCCGCUCUGGGGGCCCCGGCCGCCGGGCGCGGCCCCCUCGUCCCCUUCAGCCUGCUCCGGAAGCUGCAGGGCGCCCUGCGCCAGGCAGGUUCUCCUGUGUAUCUCCAUGAGCUACUGGAAGGCAGCGAGAUUUAUCUCCCUGAAGUGGAGAAACCUCCAAGGAACCCAGAGCUGGUGGCCCGUCUGGAGAAGAUAAAGGCUAAGCUAGCCAAUGAGGAAUACAAGCGGAUAACAAGAAACAUCAACUGCCAGGAACUGAACCGGUACGGGACUCUGGCUGACUUGGGAAGGCAAGUUAGGUCCAUGAAAGCCGUGGUCAUCACCAUAUUCAACUUCAUUGUCACAGUGGUGGCUGCAUUUGCCUGCACAUACCUGGGCAGCCAGUACAUCUUCACAGAAAUGGCAGCGCGUGUGCUGUCGGCUGUGAUCGUGGCCUCAGUGGUGGGCUUGGCUGAACUGUACGUGAUGGUGCGGACCAUGGAAGGGGAGCUCGGAGGAUUGUAGUCAGGCGGCUUUCACUUAGACUGUGAUCCUUACGCUGGAGGUCUUUUCCUCCCCUGUGGGUUAUUAAUUUGUUCACAGGUACGUUUGGCUUUGGUCCAUUGGGUCGCUGUGCCUACUGCAGUUUCCUCACACCAUGUCCCUUAUUCCUGCCACGUUUGAAAUGAAUCACCAGAUGCACUGAAUGGGGACCUUGUGGCAUGGAACAGAAGAGUCAGCAGCAGUGGGAGGUUUCAAAUCCACGACUGGCACAGGGAGGAGUGGGGGGCUUAUUGCUGCCUCAUCUUCUAGCUCUGAAGUUGCUGUCCCUUGUUCAAAAUAAACGGGUUCUGUAUGCAUUAGAAUUACCUUCCUCCUGCCCCAAGGCAGAUUUCUAGGGCAGAGAUGCUGCGUGUGAAAUGCCUGCACUGUGUACCUGGGCAGCCUGUGUGUCUCUCUGCCCUCUUUAUCGCAACCCCUGCAACUCCAUUGCUUCUACAGAAGCCGUUAUACUUGGUUUCUUUAAUGCUCUUCACAUUCCUGCAUGGCGCACUAGCCGGGCUGCUUUAGGGUAGAGCACAGUUUGUACAGGGCAUGAGCCCUGCCUGCUCUUGGCUGAAGCAGUGGGUGCCUGACCCAGGCCCUGUGCUCAUGGCAGUGCAUUUUCUCCCCCAUGCAGACAGCUGCUCCCCAGGAGAAUGAGGGCACCUAAUCCCACGUUGUUCCUCCCAUACUAGGAAAUUUCCUAACUCAGAAGGUGUUGCAGCCAAUGCAGGGAAUUCUUUAUCUGUUAAGAUGAGGUCUAAUAGAAACUGACCACAGAUCUAAAAAUUAACGCUAGCUUAGGUACAAGUGAUUAUGACUUAUGUGCAGUCUGAAUAAAGUCUAGACCAGAAAUAUAGAUACACGUGCUACUUUAAUAAGGCCAAUUUCACAAAGCCAAAACCAAUUGGGCCAAAUAAGCUGGGAGGGAUGAUUUAAGCAGAAAAGUGUAAAUGAUAAUUGGGAAACAUUUAAGAACACCUUACUACAUGCCCAGAAAGAUGGAAGCAAGGAAGAAAGAUGUACUGAUUAAAAACGGACUUUGUUUAGAGGAAAAAGGAAGGCAGCUAUACAAAAAUAAAUGUGUAACAAAUGAAAGAAAAGGAGUGGAUAGGGACAAGUCACAAGUUGGAAAUUGUAGAAAACGUAAAAGGGAAGCAAAUGGACACAAGGAGAAAUCUAUAGCCAGCAGAAUUAAGGAGGAGUUUUUUAAAUAUAUUAGGAACAAAAGCAAUCAUGAUAAUGGUAUUGGUCCAUUACUAGCUGGAAAUGGUAGAAUCAUCACUCAUCAGAAAAGGCAGAAGUGUUCAAUCAAUAUUUCUGUUCUGUAUUUAGGGAAAGACAUUAUAUAGUCUCAUCGUAUGGUGAUAACUCCAGUUCACUAGUUAGGCAUUUUUAAAUCAGCAGGUUCAGAUAACUUGCAACCAAGAUUUUUAAAGAGCUGGCUGAGGAGCUUCCCAGGCCACUAACGUUGGUUCUCAGUAAGUCCUGAAGCACUGGGGAAGUUCCAGGAGAUUGGAAACAAGCUAAUAUUGUGCCAAUUUUUUAAAAAGGCAAACGGAAUGACCUGGGUCAUUAUAGGCCUAUCAGCCUGACACUGAUCCCUGGGAAGAUAAUGGAGCCGGUGAUACAAGACUUGAUUAAUCAAGAAUUAAAGGAAGGUAAUGUAAUUAAUGCAAAUCAUGAUGGGUUUAUGGCAAACAGAUGCUGUCAAACUAACUAGUAAUCUCAUCAAAAAUAUCUGGCUGAUAAAGGUAAUAAUGGACUUGGACUUUCAGAAAACCUUUGACAAGGUCCCUCACCAAAGGCUCUUAAGCAAAGUGAGCUGUGACGGGACAAGAGGGAGGGUUCUCUCCUGGAUCAGUAACUGGUUAAAAGAAAGGAAACAAAGAGCAGGAAUAAAUGGUUAGUUUUCACAAUUGAAAAAGGUAAAUCAUGGGGUCCCCCAGGAAUCUACACUGGGACCAGGGCUUGUCAGCAUAUUUAUAAGCGAUCUGGAAAACUGGGUGAACAGUGAGGGGGAAACAUUUGCAGAUGACAC